AGUCGGUCACCCAUAUAAUCGUCUGACGGCGUAACAUCGUGGACUCGAGCCAAUAGGGUUUGCCUGUGGCGUCGUGGAGGUGAUGACAUGCAUCUCCGGCCCCCAUCCUGGUUCUUAAAACGCGCAUAAGGCUCUCCGUAGGAAGGACUUCGGGAGAGCCUCCUUUCGCGCACUGGCUGACCCUUUAUAUAUUGAAAACCAGCCAGGGCCAUGCCGACUCGAUAUCACAGCCCUCUUCUCCCAGUAAGGCUAGGAAACAACAAUUUCGACUAACGGUAGAUUCAGCGAGAUGGGAAUCUCUAAAGAUGUCGGAGAGGUCCGGGACCAACAGACGACCAGCACACAGGAAAUUAUUGAUUUGCCGGAUUCCGAUUCCGAUGCCUCUCUCCAUGAUCCAGACUUUCUGGAUGGCGAAGGUUACACCAAGCUAUAUGAAGUCAAGACGCUGUAUGAAGGGGAAGAAGCCAGAUGCAGCUGUUGCAUCAACUGGGUUGAGGAGCCACCCGAGGACGUAGAGACAUCAGUCGAAGAAGAGGAAGAGAGCGGGAGACACGCCAUUCUUGUUCGUCUGCGGAGGAACCACGGCAGCGGGAAGAAGAUGGUUCUCCACUCGGUCGUCGUCCAGAACCCUGAUCUGAAAUCGCUCCUGGGCGAGGUGUUCAAGGAGUAUUCCGGUAUUACACCGACUCUUAAAAAGCUCGUGUUCAAGGCGCCAUUUCACUGUUUUUUCUACGAGUGGCAACGCCUCGACGAGAUGAUUGGCGAGAUCAAUAAACCUUUCUGCAACGUCAGCGGGCGGCUACUGCAAAAGAUCCUGGAAUCUGAGCUGAGGGCGACGAUCUCGCUGAGCAAAGAUCUCAACGGGAGUGGCGUCGUGACUUACGACCACCUCUGGACGAUCUUCAAGCCCGGCAUCGAUAUCUACACAUGCGAGGACGGUUACGACCACAUCUACAGACUCUCCAGGACAAUCUCGGACGAGUCGGGUUUCAACAGGUUUCAAUUGGUAGUGAGCGAGGUCGAUUAUAAUGGGAACGCCUUCGGAUUUCGGACGAAACAUAUCUCUCUCGACAGCUUUCUAGGCACCAAAAAGGUCCAGGACCUUGACGCCUUCCCGGCUUCUUACCACCCGAGGCUAGACGAAGUGAAGAAGACCCUCAAGAGGCGAGGCGAGAUGUUCAGGCAUAUCCAUCUCAAGCCAUACUACUACGGUGCCUAUAAGGGCCCUGUCAUCGACGGGAAACACAGACGUAAUAAUGUAGAGGGGAGGAUUGUCGUCGACCCCUCGUCGUAUGCGUCCUUCGCUAACAACUACAUCCAUCUCGAACCUUUUGAUUCCGGUUCCCUGAAACCAGGGGUAGACGUAUCCGAUCAGAUGCAUACCGCUACCCAGGCCUUUCCUACGCCAGGAAGCAUGGGACAAGGAGGGCCGGCGGCCGGGUACCCUCCCCACCUGCCUCCUCGGCCUCGGCCUCGGCCUCAGCCUCAGCCCAGGAGGAUGGUCCAUAGGCAUAUUACGGCCCAGAAUGUCGGAAGCGCCAAAUGGCCCGACCUCACCGAUGAUUUGCUGCAUUUAUGCAGUGCUAAAGUCCUCGGGUACUGCCUCAGGAUUAAGAAAUGGGCUGUAUUCUACAUCGACCACAUCAGGGAGAUUCAAUGGCAGGAUCGCGCAUUCGACGACCUCGUACUAGACGGGAGCUACAAGCGGCUGAUUACAGCUUUCAUAGAGAGCCACGUUGAGAAUAAGGAGAGAUUUGACGACAUGAUCGAGGGAAAAGGCCAAGGCAUCACGAUUCUUUUCGAAGGGCCGCCAGGGGUCGGCAAAACCCUCACGGCAGAAGCCGUGUCCGAGAAAUUUCGCCGACCUCUAUAUGCCAUGGGCGCGGCGGAGCUCGGGGCCAACCCGGAAUUAAUAGAAGAAAACCUGCUUAUGAUCCUUGAAGCAGCGGCGAAAUGGGACGCGGUGCUGCUGUUAGACGAGUGCGACGUGCUGCUUGCCAAGCGCAGCGCCGACAGCCUCGACCGCAACAGCAUCGUGGCCGUCUUCCUCCGGCUGCUCGAGUACUACCGCGGCAUGCUCUUCAUGACGACGAACCGGGUCCAGGCCAUCGACCCCGCCUUCCAGUCGCGCAUCCACCUGACCAUCAAGUAUCCCAGCCUCGACGCCGCCGCGCGCAGGAAGAUAUGGGAGCGCUUUCUCCUGCCUUCCUCCUCCUCCCAGGAGUCGGCCCUCCGGCACGAGGACUUCGCCGAGCUGCAGUCGUUCCGCCUCAACGGCCGCGAGAUCAAGAACCUCGUCAAGAUGGCCCAGCUCCUGGCCAGCCACGAGAAAGUCCCCCUCGCUAUGGACCACGUUCGCACCGCCUUGCACGUGACGAAAGCUAAUAGCGAGGAGCUUCUGUUGAAUACCGGAGAAGAUUGAGCUGGAAGGGCACGAAGACGCUUUGGGGUUUUGUGGCAACCCUCGCUAGUCAGGACCGGUAGAACAAGGUUAUUUGGUACAAAUCGAUAGUAUCUCGUUGCUUCUAAUUUACCUAUAUUCAAAUUUCAAUACCUCUACACACGUGUUACGAUGUAUAAAGCGGUAAUUUGGUACAACAUCACGAUAUAUUAGAGCCUAGGUGAAAUACUUGGUGCUGGGAUCAGACAAACACACAUUGGCCCCUUUUCCUGAUGCCAUCGCUACCGAACCCGUCAUCUGAUGCGUGUUUUGUGUCAUGUAGAGGGUAACACGCUUGAGAGUGACUGAUAGCCUGAUUGUACCUAUAUCGAAAAAGGAAACAGUGAUUAUACUAUUGUGAGUCGGUUGAUUAA